AUGUAUAGCUAAGCAUCCGAAGCUUCAACACAAUGUUAAUCUUUACUCCUCUAAAUUGAUAUGAAGCUAGAAUAAGUAUUUGGGGAUUAGAAAAAAUCUUUAAAAAGAAUCUAAGAUAAGAUUGAUGACCAACUUAUUAUAUAAUUAGAAUCAUUUAGAAGCUCUUAUUUUGCUAAAUUAGAGGAAAUCAAUUCUUGGAUAAAUAGAGAAAUUGACAAAUUUCUUUCAAGCACUACAUAAUUGAAAGAAAAAAUAGAAGAAUAUGAAGGUUUUAAGGAGCAAGGGGAAUAAUUAACCAAAACCAAAUUUCAUAUUCAAUAUACUAAAUAAAAAGAACUUUAUUAUAUUUAUAAUGGUGAAAUCAUUUCAAAGUAAUAUUAUAUAAUAUAAUAUAAAGAUUCAAACAAUAAGAUUUAAAUAUUAAAUUAUAAAUUAUUAAAAAUUUGGAAGAAGUAAAAUAUCUUAGAUGGGUGGGUGAAUUAGGAAAAAAUUUUUAGAAAACUGGUUUAUGGACAGCGAAUUGGAAAGGUGAGUAGAUAAAAGAAUUAGGUGGUUAGUACUCUCAAGAAGGCAAAAAAAAAGGUAAAUGGAAAGAAACAAUCAAGAAUUAUUAUGAGUAUUUAUAUGAAAUUAAAGUUUUAGUAAAGCCAAAGUAUAUGAAAUAGGUGAAUAUGAAGAUAAUUAAAGGAAAGGAAUUUGGAAGUAUGUCUAUGAAGAUAAAGAUAUGUAUUCAAAAUUAUAAUUAACGCUAGUGGUGGAGGAUAAUAUGAUUAGAAAGGAGUUAAACAAGGUAAAUGGAUUGAAAUUUUGGAGGGUUUUUGGAAAAAUGCUUAAAUCACAUAUAAUGGGGAAUACAAUAUGAAGGGCAUGAAAGUAGGUAGAUGGGAUAUUAUGUAUUGCUAAAGAGAAAAGGAAGGAUAUAAAUAAAUGUAAAUUUAUAAAACAUAUCUAAAUUUGUUAGUGGUGGUGGAUCAUAUGAAUAAGAGGAGGGUGAAAAAAAAAUAGGAAGAUGGGUAGAAUUAUGGGAGGGAUUUUAUGAAAAGGCUUAAAUCACAUAUAAUGGUGAAUACAAUAUGAAGGGUGUGAAAGUAGGUAGAUGGGAUAUAAUGUAUUGCUAAAGAGAAAAGGAAGGAUUUAAAUAAAUGUAAAUUUAUAUAAACAUAUUUAAAUUUGUUAGUGGUGGUGGAUCUUAUGGAUUAGAGGAGGGUGAAAAAAAAAUAGGAAGAUGGGUAGAGUUAUGGGAGGGAUUUUAUGAAAAUGCUUAAGUAACAUAUAAUGGUGAAUACAAUAUGAAGGGUGUGAAAGUAGGUAGAUGGGAUAUUUUAUUUGAAGGAUAAUAAAUGUAAUAACAGUUUACUAAUAAAAUAUUAGUGGAGGUGGAUUAUAUGAUUAAGAGGAGAGUCAGAAUAAGAUUGGGAAAUGGGUUGAGUUAGAUGAAGGAUUUCAUCAUAAUCCUUAUGGUAGUUCAAAGUAAGUCACUUAUAAUGGCGAAUAUAAUAUAAAGGGCAUUAAAAUAGGUAGAUGGAAUAGUGUAUUCAUGGGAGAAUAAAUGUAUAUCAUAGGUAUAUUAGGUUAGUGGUGGUGGAUCAUAUGAUUAAGAUGGGGGUUAGAAAAAAAUUGGUAGGUGGGUAGAAUUAUGGGAGAAUUUUUAUUGGAAUGCUUAAGCCACUAAUAAGGGUGAAUACAGUAUGAAUGGCAGGAAAGUUGGGAGAUGGGAUAUUUAUUAUUGUGAGUAUGGAAAGCACGAGCAUAAAUAAAUGUAAAUAAAUAUAAUAAUAAAUAUUAGUGGUGGCGGAUCAUAUGAUUAAGAUGAAAGUUAGAAAAAAAUUGGGAAGUGGGUUGAGCUCGAUGAAGGAUUUUGGUAUCAGAAAUAAGUCACUCAUAUUGGUGAAUAUAAUAAAGGUAUGAAGGUAGGUAGAUGGGAUAUUUUAUUUGAAGGGAAAAAAAUGUAAAAUAUCAAUCUUAAUAAUACCUUAGUGGUGGUGGCACAUAUGAUUAAGAGGAAAGUUAGAAAAAAAUAGGGAAGUGGGUAGAGCUGGAUGAAAAGUUUGAGUGGAAGUAUAAAGAAUUAACUUAUAAUGGCGAGUAUAAUAUGAAGGGUAUGAAGAUUGGUAUAUGGGUGGAAAUGGAUAUAAGGAAAAAUGAGAAAAGAGGUGAAAAGAAAUAUGAUAAUAGUUGAAUAGUACAGAAU